CCGCCUAUGAUCAAGCCAUCAGUUUAGCAACAGCAAUGCGUCGCUGUCCGGCAAGCUCCCAUUGGUCGAAGCUUGAGUGAUGCUGCCUUCACUAGACUGUGCUCCUUUCUGGAAAAGAGAAAUUCGGCGCUAGCGCACGAGAAACACAAAAACACUUUCAAAAGACAAACUAGGAGAAAACACUGAUGAUAGUUUCCAAACCGAGUGCGGUCCUUAAUAUGUGAGGAAGGAACAUCUAACAGUACAUAUGCUGUACGCUGGAAACAUAUUUUACAGCUUCUAGCAUCCAGAAUUAAUCAUAUUACCCUGCUUCACCGCUUAGACUCACCAGCUGAGUUCUUAUACAGGUUUUAUUGAUUAGCUCUGCUGUUGAAAUGCCUGCUGGAAACAACGAUCCCGAGAGCAUUUUAAGCUACCAGAGGCCAGAUGAGGAGGUGGUGGUGGACCAGGGAGGGACGAGCUCUAUCCUCAACAUCCAUUAUGAGAAGGAGGAGCUAGAAGGACACAGGACACUGUUUGUGGGCGUGCGCAUGCCCCUGGCACGGCAGAGUCACCGGCACCACCGGCCCCACGGCUCCCGGCACCGCAAGAGGGACAGGACGAGGGGCAGUGUGACACACGAGGAGGAGGAGACCUCUUCGGCUUCUCAUGACACCCCGUCUCAGCGCGUGCAGUUCAUCCUGGGGACCGAGGAGGACGAGGAGCACGUUGCCCAUGAUCUCUUCACUGAGCUGGAUGAGAUCUGUGUAAAGGAUGGCAAAGACGCGGAGUGGAAGGAGACAGCCAGGUGGUUGAAGUUUGAAGAGGACGUUGAAGAUGGUGGCGAGCGCUGGAGCAAGCCCUACGUAGCAACACUGUCCCUACACAGCCUGUUCGAGCUGCGUAGCUGCAUCAUCAAUGGCAGUGUGCUGCUGGACAUGCAUGCAAACUCCAUCGAGGAGAUCGCAGACAUGGUGCUGGACCAGCAGGAGGCAGCGCAGGAGCUGGAUGAGAGCAUGCGGGUAAAGGUGCGGGAGGCACUGCUGAAGAGGCACCACCACCAGAACGAGAAGAAGAGGAACAACCUGAUUCCCAUGGUGCGCUCCUUUGCCGAGGCUGGCCGCAAGCAGUCGGAGCCGCACUCCAUGGACAAGAGUGGUCCAGCUGUUUCUCCUCAGCCAACUUCUUCCAACCUGGAGGUGAAGAAUGGUGUGAACCAGGAGAGCAGUCAAGUGGACCUCAGCAAGGUGGACAUGCACUUCAUGAAGAAGAUUCCCUUGGGGGCAGAGGCGUCCAACGUGCUGGUUGGGGAGCUGGACUUCCUGGAGAGGCCGGUGGUGGCGUUUGUGCGCCUGUCCCCCGCCGUGCUGCUUACCGGGCUGACCGAGGUGCCCAUACCCACUAGGUUCCUGUUUAUUCUCCUGGGCCCAGACGGAAAGGCCCAGCAGUAUCACGAGAUCGGACGCUCCAUGGCCACCAUCAUGACUGACGAGAUUUUCCACGACGUGGCCUAUAAGGCCAAGGACCGCAGUGACCUGCUGGCAGGCAUCGACGAGUUCCUGGACCAGGUGACCGUGCUGCCCCCUGGCGAGUGGGACCCCUCCAUUCGCAUCGAACCCCCCAAGAACGUCCCCUCCCAGGAGAAGAGGAAGACACCAGCGGUUCCCAACGGGGCAGCCUGUCCAGUGGAGAUUGAGGCACACAGCGAGCAUCAUGGGCCGGAGCUGCAGAGGACUGGCAGGCUCUUCGGGGGUCUCAUCCUGGACAUGAAGCGGAAGGCCCCUUUCUACCUGAGUGACUUCCGGGACGGCCUGAGCCUGCAGUGUGUGGCCUCCUUCCUCUUCCUCUACUGCGCAUGCAUGUCCCCCGUCAUCACCUUUGGCGGCUUGCUGGGGGAGGCCACAGGCGGCCGCAUCAGCGCCAUCGAGUCCCUUCUGGGAGCUUCCAUGACCGGUGUCGCCUACUCCCUCUUUGCGGGCCAGCCCCUCACAAUCCUGGGUAGCACGGGACCGGUCCUGGUCUUUGAGAAGAUCCUCUUCAAGUUCUGCAAAGACUACGACCUGUCUUACUUAUCCCUGCGCACCUGCAUUGGGCUCUGGACCGCCUUCCUGUGCCUGCUCUUGGUGGCGACAGACGCCAGCUCCCUGGUCUGUUACAUCACCCGCUUCACAGAGGAGGCCUUCGCCUCCCUCAUCUGCCUAAUCUUCAUCUACGAGGCUCUGGAGAAGCUGGUGCACUUGGGCGAGCUGUACCCCAUCAAUACCCACAGCGACCUGGAGCGCCUCACACUUUACUAUUGCAGGUGUGCUGAGCCUGACAACCCCAGUAAUCGGACCCUGGAGUUUUGGAACAAGAGGAACAUUACUGUCUCUGCGGUGCCCUGGGCCAACCUCACCGUCAAGGAGUGCCUGGACUUCCAGGGGCAGUUUUUGGGGACGGCGUGUGGACACCAUGGACCCUACACCCCAGAUGUCCUCUUCUGGUCCGUCAUUCUCUUCUUCUCCACCUGUGCCUUGUCCAGCUUCUUCAAGCAGUUCAAGACCAGUCGCUACUUCCCCACAAAGGUGCGUUCCAUGAUCAGCGACUUUGCGGUCUUCCUCACCAUCGUCAUCAUGGUCCUCCUCGACUAUGUUGUAGGGAUCCCGUCCCAGAAGCUGCAGGUGCCCAGCAAAUUCAAGCCGACCCGUGAUGACCGAGGCUGGAUCAUGAACCCCAUCGGACGGAACCCCUGGUGGACGGUCCUGGCUGCCUCCAUCCCGGCGCUGCUGUGCACCAUCCUGAUCUUCAUGGACCAGCAGAUCACUGCUGUCAUCAUCAAUCGCAAGGAGCACAAGCUGCUGAAGGGCUGUGGGUACCAUCUGGACCUGCUGAUGGUGGGCGUGAUGCUGGCUGUGUGCUCCAUGAUGGGGCUGCCCUGGUUCGUGGCAGCCACUGUGCUCUCCAUCACGCAUGUCAACAGCCUGAAGUUGGAGUCGGGCAGCUCAGCACCGGGGGAGCAGCCCCGCUUCCUGGGCAUCCGCGAGCAAAGGGUCACCGGCCUCUUCAUCUUCCUGCUUAUGGGCUGCUCCGUCUUCAUGACUGGGGCCCUGCAGUUCAUCCCCAUGCCGGUGCUGUACGGAGUCUUCCUCUACAUGGGUGCCUCCUCUCUUAAGGGAAUCCAGUUCUUUGACCGCCUGAAGCUGUUCGGCAUGCCAGCGAAGCACCAGCCUGACUUCAUCUACUUGCGUCACGUCCCACUGCGCAAAGUGCACCUCUUCACCCUGACACAGCUCACCUGCCUGGUGCUGCUCUGGGUCAUCAAAACCUCGCGUGCCGCCAUCGUCUUCCCCAUGAUGGUACUCGCCCUAGUGUUCAUCCGCAAACUGCUAGACUUCUGCUUCUCCAAGAGGGAACUGAGCUACCUGGACGACAUCAUGCCUGAGAGCAAGAAGAAGAAACUGGAUGAUGCCUCCAAGAAGGUCGAGGAGGAGUCAGAGGAGAUGCUGGGACUCGGAGGGGGCAGGGGCAUGGUGCAGAUACAGAUGGAGAGCAGCAAGGCUGCACAGACCCCCAAGAACACGGACGCCAGGUGUGACCCAUCUGACAUUAAUAUCUCUGACGAAAUGUCUAAAACUACAGUGUGGAAAGCACUCAGCUCAAAUCACAAGGAGAGCCAACCAAUUCCUACUAAAAAGGCAAGGGUAUCGAUGCUACACUCCACUCCCCCCUUCCAUAGAGCCAGCGCACGCGAUUGGCAGGUUUCCGUUCCUCCGAUUCACACUCCUGUCUCCGUCUUUCCUCCUCAUCUCUUCCCUCUCUCUUUUCCUUUUAUUUUCCAUUGCUGCCGUGCGUCUUCUGGAAUGUCCUUUAUGCUGAUUUUCAGUUUGAACAGACGUGACUGCCGUUCGUCAUGGAGGAUUUUUGGCGCCAGAUGGGAAAAUGAACAGAUACAGCUGUGAUUACUAAAGAAACACUUCGCAGUUGCCCAUCUUCUAGGCCCUUUACCGGGGAAUGUACGCCAGUCCCACAGCUUUCCGGCAUCCCAAAUCCGGCAGAUCCCUUGGUUCAGAGUUUAAGUUGUCCUGACCUGUUGUAACACUUCGCUCACUAUGACGUCCCUGUCAUGAAGAGUAGUUGGCAAGAUGGGAGGUCAAGCCUCUUGUGCCAUGUCAUUCAGAGCUAUUGCUUCGACUGUCUUUCCAGGAGUAUUUAGCAUCGAAACUCUGCUGACAUACUUCCAGCAAAUCCUGUCUGAGCGGAAGUUUAAAAAUCUGAGGGUCAUGAUACAAAAACUACCUGGCAUAAGAAUUCAAACGCUGAAGAUACUCCUGGAAUGAUUGAUGACUCAGUGCUUGAGUAAAAAAAGAAUCAUUUCCUCCUUUUCCGCCUGAGCCGUACAUACAUUUUAAAGUAAGAAAAGUAACUUGCCUGUUCCUUUGUAUCAUUAUAGAACUUUGGUCCAACCACCGGUAUUUUUUUUGUUUUAUGACCAUGAGAAUUGCAAAUUAAUUCUUAAUUGUUUAUUAAACAAUCCUUGAUGUGGAAAGAAAAAGAUCUCGUGGAAAUUCCAGUGUGUGUUGGAACAGGGUGGUGUAUUGGCAAACAGCAGGCAUAAUAGUCUUCCAUAUCUGGGUAAAUGAUGGUGCAUUAAUUAUGUCUGUAUAUGUGUGUGUGUGUCUGUGUGUCUGUCUCUCUGUCUGUUUGUGUGCUUGUGCAUGUGGCAUCUCCUGUCCCUGCAGGAAUGACAGUGACUAAUGGAGGAGAGAGGAAACCCCAUCAGGUGCAGGCAUUUGUGGGAUCACCACGGGGCUAAGGCCGUUGCGAGCUAGGGUUACGGCAGCAGUGAUGACCUCUGGGCCAGACCGACAGUUCUCACCUACUCACAAACAUCCGGUCAAGCUCUGUCUGUGUUUUAUAGCCUACACCCUUCUCCCACAACCUCAAUACGACUCUCCAUCCUUCUAAUAUCUGUCACUUAACUUCCUGUUCUCUACGUUAUGGAUUUAACCAGCCACCCUCCACACAGAUCCUUCUCCAACAGCCCACUCGAAACACUGACACAUUUUCCCAUCCCACCUCCAUCCCACCC